CUCAUCACUGCAAACAAGUGCAUUCCAAUGCGCCGUGGUUUUCUUUUCGUUUUUUCACUACACAUGAUAUCUUUAGGGAAAUAAGCUAUUUAAUUCAUAUUCUGUUAUAUUUGAGCAGCCGUUUGUAUUUGAAGGGGUUUUCUUCUUUUGGACGUGACAUCGUGUCUUCUUUCUUGAUUGACUAAAGUGAACGUCGUUAACUGAGAAACCGACCAAGUGCGCAGAAAAUGGGGUAUGGACGGUCGGACAGCUACCGUGUGGCGACAACGCAAGACAAUGAUGAGAAGGAUUCCCCAAAGAAGAAGGGAGGAAAAGAUCUGGAUGACCUAAAGAAGGAAGUACCAUUGACAGAACAUAAGAUGUCCAUUGAGGAGGUCUGCCGAAAGUACACAACAGAUAUUGUGCAGGGUCUUACUAAUGCGAAAGCUGCGGAGUAUCUGGCCCGGGAUGGUCCCAAUGCACUCACUCCUCCUCCAACUACUCCAGAAUGGGUGAAGUUUUGCCGUCAGCUCUUUGGAGGUUUUUCUAUCCUUCUGUGGAUUGGAGCCAUCCUCUGUUUCCUAGCCUAUGCCAUCCAGGCAGCCACUGAAGAGGACCCGGCUGGGGACAAUUUGUACCUGGGCAUUGUGCUUUCUGCUGUGGUCAUCAUUACUGGCUGCUUUUCCUACUUCCAGGAGGCUAAAAGCUCAAAGAUUAUGGAGUCAUUUAAGAACAUGGUGCCACAGCAAGCAUUAGUGAUCCGUGAGGGUGAAAAACUGCAGAUUAACGCUGAAGAGGUUGUGGCUGGAGACUUGGUGGAGGUGAAAGGGGGAGACAGAAUUCCAGCUGACCUCAGGAUUAUCUCUGCUCAUGGAUGCAAGGUUGACAACUCCUCUCUGACAGGUGAAUCAGAGCCUCAGACCAGGACACCUGACUGCACUCACGACAACCCCCUGGAGACCCGCAACAUUGCCUUUUUCUCAACCAACUGUGUCGAAGGUACAGCACGUGGCAUUGUGGUGUGCACUGGUGAUCGGACCGUCAUGGGUCGUAUCGCUACCCUGACAUCUGGCCUUGAGACGGGCAAGACCCCAAUUGCAAAGGAGAUUGAGCACUUUAUCCAAAUCAUCACAGGCGUAGCUGUUUUUCUAGGUGUCACUUUCUUCAUCCUGUCCAUCAUCCUGGGUUACUCCUGGUUGGAAGCUGUCAUUUUCCUUAUUGGCAUCAUUGUGGCCAAUGUGCCUGAAGGGCUCCUAGCUACUGUUACUGUGUGUCUGACCCUUACAGCUAAGCGCAUGGCUCGCAAGAACUGCCUGGUAAAGAACCUUGAGGCUGUAGAAACUCUAGGUUCCACUUCCACCAUCUGCUCUGAUAAAACUGGCACUCUUACUCAGAACCGCAUGACUGUCGCCCACAUGUGGUUUGACAAUCAGAUCCAUGAGGCCGACACCACUGAGGACCAGUCUGGGACAUCCUUUGAUAAGACAUCAGUUACAUGGGUGUCGCUGGCCCGUGUGGCAGCACUCUGUAAUAGGGCAGUGUUUAAGGCAGGUCAGGAGUCUUUGCCAAUCUUAAAGCGGGAUGUGGCGGGUGAUGCCUCUGAGUCAGCGCUGUUGAAGUGCAUCGAGCUUUCAUGUGGCUCAGUCAAAGCUAUGAGGGACAAGUACAAGAAGGUGGCUGAGAUUCCGUUUAACUCUACCAACAAGUACCAGCUUUCAGUGCAUGAAACUGAGGACCCUAAUGAUAGCCCCUAUUUGCUGGUAAUGAAGGGGGCACCAGAGCGCAUUUUGGAACGUUGCAGCACCAUCAUCAUUCAUGGCAAAGAGCAGCCCAUGGAUGAGGAGAUGAAGGAGGCCUUUCAAAAUGCCUAUCUGGAACUGGGAGGACUGGGGGAGAGAGUGCUGGGUUUUUGCCACUUGUUUUUGCCUGAGGACCAGUACCCCAAAGGCUUUGCCUUUGAUACAGAUGAUGUGAACUUUCAGAUAGACAACCUUUGCUUUGUGGGUCUGAUGUCAAUGAUCGAUCCCCCUCGCGCUGCAGUGCCCGAUGCUGUGGGUAAAUGCAGAUCGGCUGGCAUCAAGGUUAUCAUGGUGACAGGCGACCACCCAAUCACAGCCAAGGCCAUCGCCAAGGGGGUGGGAAUCAUUUCUGAGGGCAAUGAGACAGUCGAAGACAUUGCAGCCCGUCUAAACAUCCCCGUUAGCCAAGUUAACCCCAGGGAUGCCAAGGCAUGUGUAAUUCAUGGCUCAGAUUUAAAGGAUCUGACUCAGGAACAGAUGGACGAGGUACUAAAGAACCACACAGAAAUCGUCUUCGCCAGGACCUCCCCUCAACAAAAGCUCAUCAUUGUAGAGGGCUGCCAGAGACAGGGUGCUAUUGUGGCUGUGACUGGUGAUGGUGUAAAUGACUCACCAGCCCUAAAAAAAGCAGACAUUGGUGUGGCCAUGGGAAUCUCUGGCUCAGAUGUUUCCAAGCAGGCAGCUGACAUGAUUCUGCUUGACGACAACUUCGCGUCCAUCGUAACUGGUGUGGAAGAGGGGCGUCUUAUCUUUGACAACCUGAAAAAGUCAAUUGCCUACACUUUGACAAGCAACAUCCCUGAAAUUACUCCUUUCUUGUUCUUCAUACUGGUUAACAUUCCUCUUCCUCUUGGUACCAUCACCAUCCUCUGCAUUGACCUGGGCACUGACAUGGUGCCUGCAAUCUCUUUGGCCUAUGAAGCAGCAGAGAGUGACAUCAUGAAGCGUCAGCCACGCAAUCCUCUGAGGGACAAGCUGGUUAAUGAGCGUCUCAUCAGCAUUGCAUAUGGACAGAUCGGGAUGAUUCAGGCUCUGGGAGGCUUUUUUGCCUACUUUGUGAUCAUGGCUGAGAAUGGAUUCUUGCCUUCCAGACUGGUGGGCAUUAGACUCCACUGGGAUGAUCGUUCCAACAAUGACCUGGAGGACAGCUAUGGCCAGCAAUGGACCUAUGAGCAGAGAAAGAUUGUGGAGUUCACUUGCCACACAGCCUUCUUCGUUAGCAUUGUGGUGGUGCAGUGGGCUGAUGUCAUCAUCUGCAAGACCCGUCGCAAUUCUGUGUUUCAGCAGGGCAUGAAUAAUAAGAUCCUGAUCUUUGGCCUGUUUGAGGAGACAGCUCUGGCUGCCUUCCUUUCUUAUUGCCCAGGCAUGGAUGUGGCUCUUAGGAUGUACCCACUCAAGCCAAGCUGGUGGUUCUGUGCUUUCCCAUACAGUUUCCUCAUCUUCGUUUAUGAUGAGAUCCGAAAACUCAUCUUGCGCCGAACUCCAGGAGGUUGGGUUGAAAAGGAGACCUACUAUUAAAUCAUCAUUUGUUAUUUCUUCUUAUGUCCCUGUUUGCCUGCACUCUCUUGUCUUUCUCUCUUUUACUGUAAUAUGUAUACUAGAUUUAACUAAAAGAAAACAAAACCAGUCAAUAUUUACACUGCCUUUUAGCUUCCUCUCUAAAAACAUUCUAGAAAAUGCUAACAAGAGACUCAGUAAUGGAAUUAAAAAGUAAAAAAUGCUAUCCUCCAUUCUUUCUCUCAAUCCACCAUUUCUUCUGUGACCCAAACACCCAAACUCAGUCUGUCAACUUUACUUUUGUUUUCUAAAUUAAUAUUGUUUGCUACACUGCCAGCAUUGUUUUAAACGCUAGCGGCACUGCUAACUCGAUUAAUCUGUGACCAAAUUAGGAGGUCAUGUGUACACACUACCACUUCUACCGUUCAGAAUCUUUCUUUUUUUCCUCUUUUAAAGCUGAAAAUAAUAAUAAACAAUCUACAUCUUUAAUUUUUCAACUAUUAACCAACAUUAUUAUUUUAGUCCUUUGCUAUUUACUGAUAUCUGCCAUAUCUCUGUCUCUUUGUCUCAUUUGUUGCCACCUUGUUGUUGUUGUUGUUUGAAUAAUGAGUGGAUUAAAGUUCCUUGUUAUCUUUUCUUUAUAUAUGACAAAGCACACUGCCAUCUUUCUAUUUCCCGCAAUGGUCUCUCCUCCCUUCUACUCUUUUUAGUCUUUGUCUGUCUGUGAAUGCUGUGAAAGGUCUGUCUUCCUUAAAAACCUGCCCUUUUUUGCUGUUUCCUGUACCCUGUCAUAAAAAGAAGAAAAAAAUGUCUUUCUGUGUUCUAGGAAAAAGAUUUCUCUCUGGUUUAUUCUUCAAAUAUGUGGGAAAAUAGACUAAAAGAAAACAAUGUAAGAAGGAGAUCUUAUGUGCACGCAGCACCAACUAAAUAAAAAAGAAAGAUCUCUC